CCUGCGCUCUGCGACCGGGCGACGCGAACUUUUUUGGUGCGCCGUGAACCACUCUGGCAACUGGUAAAGGCGCUUCCGCCGUCCACGCGAGGCGAGCCCCACUGCCUAGACACUCUAAAACAGACACAUCGCUCUGGCUUCUUCGUCGUCAUGCCUACGCCGGCACCCAAAAGCAAGGCCAAGGCCCACUCGCGAGAGAUGCACCAUCGGUCGCGCAGUCGCAAUAGCACGCCCAUGUCCGCCUCGUCGCUGUCCGCCGUCGAUACCGUUCACUCGCCAUAUCUGCAGACGGCUGUCAAUGCGAAUCCCGUCUUGUCCGAUACUCCAGUGGAAGACCUUUUUGAUGGCCAUGGCUUGUCGUCGAACCCGCCUUCAGCCACCAUGUUGCGUUCCAUCAGUGACAAUAUCCGGACGCAGCUACUGAACACGGUGAAGCCGCGCGGGGAGGUAUGUGAGCGACUGAUGCGGGAGCUGUCGCAGAAGAAGAAGGAACGUACGGAGCGAAACCGGCAACGUGAGAUGGAGGAACACGCCGCUGCAGAGCGCAAGAAGAACCUAGCCGUUACGCCCAAGAAGCGAGGACGCGAGGACGAGACGAGGCCGCCGGCAGUAGGUGCGCAUGGCGUCGCUCGGCAGGAUGGCGGCGACAAUCAGGCCGCCGCCACGUCCUCUUCAAUAUCGUCGCCAGUCUCGCAGCCACCACAAUCACCACGCGAAGCUUCAACAAAGCAAGAACCUGGCAGCCCAGGCUCGGAUACAUCCCCGCAUCAACCACCACCCGCACCUCCAAUCCAGCAGUACCAGAUAUUUGGCGAGGAUCCGACGGCAUUCCCAGAUGACACGAUCUACGAGAUCCGGCAGGUCACUCCAGACAUGACUGAAGAAGAAAAGAAGGAAAUCUACAGCGUCGCUUACUAUCCAGAGUCAGAUCUGCAUGAUCAGACAUGUGGCACGCCUCCAGACCGGGACUUCAGCAAUGCCAAGCCCGCACAGCAAGUUAACUUCACUACCUUCCAGAACUACGCCGAACCAUUCCUACGACCUUUGACGGAGGAGGACCGAGGCUUCUUGCUAGAGAGAGGUAACAGAGAACUUCCAUUUGUCAUCCCCAAGUUAGGUGCAAAACAUUACAAGGAGAUAUGGGCCGAGGAGGACAAUCAAAUAGCCAUGGACCCGAACGCGCACAAACUUGCCGCAAACGAGGCGCGCGGCUCGCUUGACGAUAUGGACGACGAGAUCGCGGCUACCGACAUGGUCUCCGUGGGUCCAGUGCUCACACGCUUGAUGACAGCCAUGCGUUCUGAAUAUGUAUUUCGCGCCACGGGUAAGGAAGACGAGGUGCUCCUUCCAGGCAUUGAUAACAUGGACAUCGAUGGUGAAACCAAUGGCCACGCGGAGACCAAACCAGAGCCGUCGGCUUCGGCGUUUCCAGAGCAAUACUGGAAAAAUGUGGAGAUCCCACGACCGGACUACAACACCAUCGACGAACGCUUGCACCGCGAGCUCGUCUUUAUGGGUCUCAUUUCACCCAACGACACACCGGAAUACAAUGCUCGGCUGGACGACGAGGUCUCUGCUCGACUGCGAUAUCUUCAAACAGAGCUGCGGCGGAUCAGCAUCAAGAAUGGGGCGCGUAAAGCACGUUUGGAGGAGCUUCUGGAAGAUUGGAUGUCCAAGCAGGAGUACAGCACUAUAGCCGACGAUUUGGACAACCAGAUUAACGCCGCGUACCUAAAGCGCAACCGCAAUAUUGGGAAGAAGGGAAAGCAGCAAAAGAGACCUGGAGGGGCUGGCGGUGGAAGUCACGUCGUCGGGGUGGCGAGGUCGACCACGGGGGGUGCUGGUGUAGGGGUUGGAGAGCCCAUCAAAGGACUGAUUGAGAGGAAGACGAGGUGGAGGGAGUGGAUUGGUCCGGUGGUUGACUACGGGAAGACCAAGAUUCCCGAAGAGAGUAUAUUUAAACCGGAGAUUAUGAAAAAAUACGAGGCACAGGAACUCGAUCGGUGGGGCGAAGAACAAGAAGCAUGAUUCAUAUUCUCGCAGACCGAGCCUGUUGAUAGAGAUAUAUUUCUCGAUUGGGUAUCUACAGUGAUGAUAUGCAUUGAGCUUUCAGUAUAUGUGGGAUGGGCAUUAACGGCCCGACGUCCCGGCAUAAUGCAAGUACAGAAAAAUACUCCUCUUGAGC